CGACGGACAAUGAGUUGUCAGAUUUGUUAGACCUUUACUGGCUCUGACAUUUGGCCGCUCACUAUCUCUUUAAAAACCUCAUCCCGCAACUCUGCUAUUUCUUCCAAAUAUAUUCUCUUUUAUGCACGUCUACCCCUGGUUACCACGGUGCUGAGCUGAGAAGAAGGCUGCGCAGCCCACAAUAGGUUAUUCCUCGCACAUUCGGACGCUGCACACAAGGCCAGAUUGCCUAUUUGAGAGCAUAGCGCGCUAUUCUGUUAUCGAUUCCAAUUCACCUUAUGAGUGUCUAGUCGCUCUUUUUGUGCAUACUUAAUCCCAGUCGCGAGUCGCAUUCUCCCAACUGCUCUUCAGCACAACCACUUUCUUGUCGCAUGAACAAGAACAACAACAUACAUCGUCACAAUGCCCCCCAAAAAGAAUUCUUCAAAGAAGGAACGUCUUACUCUUGCCCAGUUGGCAGCUUAUGAUGAUAUCUUAACAGAUGCCCUCGUCGAUCAUGUCUACUUCUGGACGACAAUUCGCAAGAACAAAAGCGCAUAUCACUCCUCUCGCGGUAUUACAGAGGAUGAUAUCACCAAAAUCCUUCAAAACCGCGUCAUUGUCGAGAAAGACGCAGCUACAGCCGAAACAGAACUCCUUGCGCUCUCUGGCUUGAAGAAGUUCUCGGACAGUCUCAAGACAGACAAGGAGAAAGAUGAUUUCAGACGACAUCUACGAAAGUACAUCAACAUCUAUCUGCCAGACUGCCCAUUCGAAGUUUCGAGCACCAACCGAUACACGAUUGUGACGCAAGAGGCGGCGGUCACAGCUCGCAGAUUCAUUAAGAAGGGAGAGAUUGUCAAAUACUUGUGCGGAAUUCAAGUUAUAAUGACAGAGGAAGAGGAGGAGCUCAUUAAGUCAAGCCGCCGCGAUUUCAGCAUUGUGGUUUCUAGCCGUAAUAAGACUGCGUCCUUGUUUCUUGGACCAGCCAGAUUCGCAAAUCAUGACUGCGGAGCGAGCGCAAGAUUGAUGACUACGGGAACUAAUGGUAUGGAGAUCAUUGCUGUUAGAGAUAUUGAGAUUGGUGAAGAAAUUACUGUGUCUUAUGGUGAAAAUUAUUUCGGUGAGGACAACUGCGAGUGUUUAUGUCAAACUUGCGAAGAUCAAUGUUUGAAUGGAUGGUCAAAAGGAGACGAUGGCGAAACCAGGGUGAUUCCAAAAUUGUCCAUUGAGGAGUCAAAUGAGGGAUAUUCGUUCCGACGCCGCCGAAGACGCGAUUCCGUCGACUCUUCCAGGAACGCAUCCAUGACUCCAGAUAUUAUGAUUCGACCACACGUACCAAAGAGAACCCCACGAUCGCUUUCGAGAUUCAAGAACCAGGAUUCUCCCUUGUCACCAUCAAUUGAACCAUCCGGAUCGCAAACUCCUCGUAAGCGUAAGCGACAAGAUGAGAUUCCGCCGUCUCCAUUGGCAACUUCUGAGAUCGAGGAGCCAACAAUGUCUCAGAGUCCAUUGAAACGCAGUCGAAAAAAUGAAGUCCUGCGAUCACCAUCGCCUGAGAAGGAGGAGCCGACAUCUACAGAACCCCAUUCCGAGCACAACGGCCUGGCCGAGGUGCUUCGGUCGCCAACACCUGAAAAAGAGGCUGUUAAGCCAGUAUAUACUCCACUGAAGCGCAAGAGAGAAGACGACGAGGGAGUGUUGCUAUCUCCUUUAGGCUCAUCGAAGAGAGUACGAAAAGAUGUAACGGUCAAGAGCGAGCCAUCUCAUUUGAAUCUUUCUACUCUCGCCAGCACGGAGUCUGCACCAGAGAGUUCGUGCGAAUCGAGAGGCGCCAGCUUUUCACCAUCUGGUACCGAUAAUCAGACCAGUACCGAUGCUACAUCUGUUGACGAGGACACCAUCGUGGUAGAGCCAUACGUCAAUCCGGUCGUGUCUAAGCUGAGAAGAAGAAGACGUAGUAGCAAGCAGACCCUUCUUGAGCAGGCCAAGAUGGGCGAUCCUGUACUUGUGGGUGGUUCGACUACUGCAGAGCAUCCUGUACUACAAGACGAUGCAAGCUCUGUUCUGUCAGAUCUACCUAGUGAGAUGUUCGAUCGCGACGAUACAAGUACGAAGCGACAGGAGAAGGCUAUGAUUGAAGUCAAGCCGAAGAGGGGAAGAAGAAAGAAGAAGGAAGUUGCACCGAAAACAGAUCUGGACCAUGCACCAUCAGUCCGGAUUCCAGGUGAUUAUGUUCUCACACCACGCUUGUUGGUAGAUCUUGCAUCAGCAUGGAUUACAUGUAAGAUCUGUGAGGAGUCUUUUGUGCAGAAUGAUGCGUACUUUACACGCUCAUCUUGCCCACGUUGCGAGCGUCACAGCAAGCUAUUCGGGUACAUGUGGCCCAAGACCGACAAGGAAGGCAGAAACGAUAGCGAGGAACGAGUCCUUGAUCAUCGAACCGUCCAUCGCUUCAUCCGACCAGUCGAAGAGAAGCAAGCUCGGAAGCGCAACAGGAGCGCGACCGAAAGCCGAGAGGUCACGAGAGAAGUCAGCGAAGCAGUCAUUGAGGAGGCCAAUAGACGUGGAAGACGGGCUAAGAAGCCGAGGAUUACGAUGUGAGGUCUUAUUGCACUAUUUGAUGUCAUUUCAGCGAGCAUGAUGUACGAUAUUACGGCGUUCUGGGGAUAGGUGGCAUUAUUGCAUUGCAUCAUGUCUGUAUCACCCACGGACUGAUAGAUUCGAGCUGGCUCUGCGAUACCCAGAUAUGUAUAACAGAUAAGUAGAUAUCAGUCUACAGAGUAUAGUCGUAAUGAAGACUUGAGACAG